ACGAGCUGCUUAAUAUAGGCUGCAACAGGAACCCAGUCCGGUGCAGCCCCUGAGAAAAAGAGAGCCAGACACUUGUACACAGAGAGAAAGAGAUGGGAGGGAGUGAGGAGGAGGAGGAGGAGAGAGAGAGAGUGAGUGUGAGUGUGUGUUCCUUGAGAAAGACUCUGAACCACUUCAGUCUGCCUGCGCUGGCGCACGAUAACAACUACAGGAGACUGCUGCUCUGGAUGAAUUUACCACUUCGUGCCGCGGAAUUCCAUUCACAAAACGGCUGAUUUUGAACCCAAGAGAAGAACAAAGGGGGGGGGUCAGAUGUUUCCCCAUCUUUCCUCUUGGAUGUGCGUGAAUCGGGGGCGCACCUGCCAGAGUGUCUGCUCCCCCUUUCUGAACUGAGAACCCCUAUUGGGAUGCUGCUGCCUGGCUGGGGCUGCGUGCACUUUUCAGACUGGACCAGUGGACUGUAAAAACAAACAGAAGAAGGAGAAGAAGAGAGAGGGGAGGCGGGGUGAGCCACCUGAGGAGAGAGGAGAGAGUGUGUGUGCAGUGGAUGGAUUCAUCUUCUCCUCCGGCACUCCACAGGCGCUCAUUCAUUUAUUUAAGCCCGACCGACGAGAGCAUGCCAAGCGCAGACUCCAGCGGCGGAGCUCGACUUCCAAACAGAGGACAAGAGUGACACGUCCUCGGUGGUCGUACUCUCACCUGCGCAGGAGCUGCGCAGCUGGACUCUACUUUGGAAACCCAAGAACCGCAGGAGGCAGAGGACCCCGCCGUAUAUGGGCCCACAGCCCCGCGAGGCCCCUGGAAUGGCGUGCAGCGCGUGUUAUUACCUGGUUAUCAGCUCCACGCACCUGAGCAAUGGACACUUUCGGCGCGUCAAGGGGGUUUUUAGAGGACCUCUGCGUCCCACCGCGAGCAGCGAUUCACCAGGGAGAGAACACGCAGGGCUUGAUGGAUUUCCCAAGGAGCGUGCAGAGAGGGCUUUGGGCUGCUCAGCGGAGGAUCUGAAGGCUCUUUUCUACUGCGAGCUGUGUCACAAGCAGUACCUCAGACACCAGGAGUUUGACAACCACAUCAAUUCUUACGACCAUGCACACAAGCAGAGACUGAAGGAACUCCAGCAAAGGGAGUUUGCUCGAAACGUGGCCUCGAAAUCAUGGAAGGAUCAGCGCAAACAGGAGAAGGCUCUCAGACGUCUGCACCAGCUGGCACAGCUGCAACAGGAGACUCAGCGAGUCUCAGGAAGGACUUAUGGACUAAGAAGUGCUGUCAGGUCUGGGAGGCAGCAACACUACAAAGAUGUGGACCAAAAGGACCACAGCUGGGAUGACAAACAUGAACCCUUCAACUACUCCCUGAGACCCCCUCCCACUCAAGCUAGGACCGCUCGUCUCAUUCACCAGCCAGAAAUUCCAAACCAUUCUCCUCCCCGAAAAGGGUUGCCCACUGCCCCAGCAGAAUCACCUCCUGCAUCCACUGCAGUGAGCCCCCAGUCUUGCCUGGGCUUGAAUCCCCAGCUGCCUCUCUCUGGGCAGGGAAAGGCAGGGGGCAGGCUUGGGGUGUCCUUCUGUUUCUCCCGCAGGGGGCCACGACUUGAGCCUUCUGCCUCAGUCUUCUCGGACCUGGAGGAGGAGGAGAGAGAGAAGAGGGAACAAAUAAAAGAAAGGAUAAAGGGAAUAAUGGAAGAUAUCGACAGAGAAAUAGGGUCAGCAGAAGAGGGGAAACACAGUGAGAGUGAAAAGUCCAGCUCAGACAGUGUUGGAUCGAGUGACAUUGGGCCUAUCAGUGAUUAUCACAAACAAGACGAGGGGAUGGGAAAAAGAGACUGUGAGAAAGAAAAAUCUCCUAUUUCCACAAAAAUCCCCGAUAAUCAGAGCCAGGAAUCUCCUGUCUUGCUAUCUCAAACACAGGUGGACACAUGGGGAACAAAAACAGAUAGUGAGACAGAAAGAAAGCAUGUGACAGAAGGGUUGAGGGAGAAAAGUCAGAAUAUGUCGGUGCUGGGGAAAGAUGGCUCUACCUGUCUUAGAUGGCCUGUCAGCUUGCUCAAGUUCACUAUUUCUCAACCAAACAUCUGCUACAGCUGCAACCCGCUCUGCUCGGAUCACCAACGACAGGAACAACUCACAAAGGAUCAGCAGGAGCCACAACAAAAUCAGCUGUGUGCUCUCUCAGUCGAAUCAAAUCCACGUGUGCCAGCUAUUCUUACACCAGACACUCAUACCUGUUUACCAAGACAGACAAGACAAGAACUGAGAGUGGAAAGACAGGAAAAAGCGGAGGCAAAUUUCAAGGCAGCACAACAUAUCAAUUUAGACACAGAAGCACACCUGUUCCUAAAGAACAAAAACCUUUCAUCGUCAGACUCACCAUUAGAAAGAGGCAGAUGCAUGCUAAGUAUAGAGAACAGUGCGAGGGCAGCCUCCCAUCCAUUUGACCCCGCUCAUAGUGACAGCUCUGACACAAACUCCCAGAAUGCUCAGGGAGGAAGAUUAGGGGGCGCGAGAAGGAUCAGGGAGAAAGCCAUCACAACCCUGAGCUGUAAAUCAGAGUCUGUCAUCCAGCCUGGCACACAGGGGACAAGCAUCAGCCCGUCCAGGUGUGAGUGUGGGAGUGAGACAAUGUGUGAGUGUGCCAGAUCUGCACAGCCGUACGUGGGUGUCUCAGAAGUGCCACGCAAAAAGAGAAAGAAAGCCAACACAAAGAAACACAAGCUGGGGAAGAGGAAAAGGAGCGAUUCAAACAAGCGACAAUCGGCUAGGUGCAAAGUCAGGAGCGUUGUCUCCACAGUCUGCACUCGAAGAGAGAGUAGAGGAGAAGCUGUGGGGAGCUGGGGGAAGGAAAGGAGGCAAAGAGGGAUGAGGAAGAGGAGAUUGCAGGGAGCAGGGAGCAGCUGUCUCCUGGGGAGAUGUGACACUGAGCCAGUAUCUGUCUCUGUCAGGAAAAGGGGGCCUCACAGGAGCCACAGCACUGAAUCCCAGUCACGGGCAGACAGGGAGCAGGCAGAAUCCUGCACUUCUUCCUCACUGCUCAGCAGACACACAGCAGACACAAACACCAAGGGAGAGGGAAAGCGACACGGAGACACAGCGACUUUUCCCUGGCGGUCUCACUUCUCCGUACACUCUUUCUCACCAGGAUGUAACUCAAAGCUGUUUUGGGAAAGGGGUCACCAUAGCAACCCCAGGAGUUUCAUUGACUGCUGUUACCCUGACAACAGCUGUGGUUGCAGCCCGGUGAGAAAGAGAAAAGUCCUCCACAGGGACAGGAAAUUCAUUCAUAGUCAGAGGAAGAGUUUGAGGCAUGGGGAAGUCUGGGAGGACACAGAGAGGACCUGGUUAACGGGAGGGCGGUCAGGUUGUAGAGACAGGGGGAAGUUUCCUGAUACAGAACAGUGGGAUUGGAUGCGAGGGAGCUUUCCUGGAGGUACUGACGAGGGUGCUUCAAGGCCUUGGGCGAGAUCACGAAGCAGAACAGAAGAGUGGGAUCAGGUGGCAAGGUUUAGUCCCAGUCCUUGCAGGUGGGGCAGGAGACGUAGACAUCUUAGCACAGAGGAUGUAGACUGGGACAGAUGGACAUGGGGCAGCAGCGACAGCUGGGAGGACUGGGGGACACACAGAUCAGGAUCCAAGGCAGGGGCAGACAGAGACAGCCCAGGCUUUAUGUGGAAGAAUUCACGCUCUAGAAGCUCAAGCUCCAGACACUUCUCCAGCCCUGAGUGGUGGACAAAAAAACAGACUUACAGCCCCCGGAGUGUGAUCAACACACGGGCAAGCAGAUGCCACAGCCCACGAUCCUGCAGCCCCUGCAGCAGCACCAACAUGUCAGAACUCAGUUUAGAGUGGAGCCAGAGUAGUUCCUGCUCAGCGGGCAAAGUUGAUGGAUUGGCUUUUAACUCUUGCAGGACUUCCUCAAGAGCUCAAGAACUUUCAUCUGAGGGGGAAAAGAAGCACAGUAGUCCCAUGUCCUCUCCUUCCAGCUUUACCUCCUCCUCCUUCUCUCAUUCUUCACCCCAGAGGACCUCUUUUGCUCCCACAAUCCAUGGCCUCAAUGCAAAUCAUGUUGACACAAGUUCCUCGAAGCAAAAGGAGCCAAAUCCGCAGACCAGCAUUCAAGGUGGACCAUCUUCCCCAAGCAGGUCAGGCACAACUCUUGCAGGACAAGCCCCAAGUAAUUCUCCUUCUAGAAAACUAGCAAGGACUUUGCUUCUCCCUCUCAUAGGGAAACUACCUUCAAUCCAGAGGAAGGCUAGGAGGUGGAAAGGCCUGCUGGAGAAGAGUCAGGAGAAGGAGGGCGAUGAGGAUGAGGAGACCAAAGGUAGUGGUGGACUGGACGAGGGAGCAGUCAUCGAAAGGCAAAAUUGUCCAAUGGGAAUCUUUGAGUCCAGCUCAAGCAACUUACCAAAUCUCUCCUCAUCGCAUAUAAGGACAGAUGACAAACAAGCAAGUGGCCGGACUGUUGCUCCAAUUAGCUUCACCGCUGAGGAGAUGGACAAAUAUCGCCCCCUGCAAGAGCAGGCGAGAGAGCACAUGCAGAAAGUCCUGGAGCAGACGCAUAAUGCAGAGUCACACACAGGAACGAACUACCCUCACACGGCACUGUCAGAAAACUCUGGAACUUCAGAGGAACAGUAUACACCUUCCUUGCGCACCCAGUCAAUUCACAUAGACAUAAUGCAAACCCAAGCACAGCACACCCAUGAGGUCAGUGUCCCACUUCCACAUCUUACCCGACAGGAGAACUUUACUCAAUCCAUGGCUCUUGGAGUCCCCAACCUCCCGACUCUCCCACCAUCUCCCCCUCUCUCAAGCCUCCAUCAUAUCAUUUUGCAACACACAGCCCUCUCCUUGGCCCCCUCCUCCACAUCCUCUUCCACCUCAUCCCCUUCCCCUGCCAUCCACCCACACCCAGUUCAGCUCCCUCACCCACUGCCUCCUCUCCACCCACCAACUCUCCCUCAUCACCUUCAUCUCUCUCCCUUCUCCAUAUCUUCUUUAUUCCCCUCAAUCUUGCUCUCCCACCACCCCAUCCAGCUCCUUCCCCAGUCACCCACUUUUCACCCCGCCCAACUUGCUCCACUCUCGCCGGUCUCCCUGCAAACGUUGAACCCACAACCUUUCAUGGAACGAGUGUGGCCAGUGAGGUUUCAACAGAAGGCGUUGUGAUUUUUUUACAGAGCGGCUGCCAUGUUAUUAAUCUCCCUUGGCAACACAGACAAGUAAAGGAGAGAGAGGGAAAUUUUGGUUUGGAUAAAAGCCGACUUUUAGAAAUGGGGAUGUGUCAGUGCUUUUACGAGCAUCUACUCCAACUCUUAUUCACAUAUGCCCUUACACACACACACACAUACAUGCAUGCACACACAAACAGCUUGGCAAUUGACUGUUUUCAAGUGAGAAUUUGUUUCUCCAUCUAGCCUUUGCUGACUUGCAGUAGAUAGUGGGAAAACAUACUUUGAUCCUUUGCUUUUUCCUUCAUUCCACAUUCAGGCCAACAAUAAAGGGAAAGGUGCACCUGCUAUUCAAAGACAAGCUGGGCUUGUGUCAUCCUCCCUCUUUCCCUCUGAACCACAGACAGACCAGCUGCCUUUUGAAGUAGCCUUCAUGCUAGAGACAGAAGUCCAAGAAAAAAGUGAUAAUACUCCCUCCUUAUCUCCAUUUCAUAUAGGUUAUCUUACUGAGACUCUAUCUUUCAACACAUAUAAAUGAUGUUCCAGGGGCUGAGGGCAUAGCACAGUCAUUUUAACCUUUCUCUAAACUGCAUUUGUGUGCAAGAAAAAAGGUUUUCUGGACUUAAAUACAUAUACAAACACACAGCAGGAAGGACUUUUUUUCCAUAUAUGACACAUGUAAAGACCUGUUUGUUUAAAUAGUGUAAAUAUUCUGACCAUGAGUGACAAUGUAAGAGAUGGUUGGAAGGGAAAGAAUAAAACAAAAAAGUGAAUUUAACCAUGACCUGUAGUACGAUGUUUUUUCUACACGUAUGGCUUCAGUGGUCCAAUCUCUGCAUCUAUCCAUAAUCAGUCGUGGUGUUAUGGAAUCCUUUUAUCCAUACAGUAUUUAACAAAUCAGUUAUUGAGACAGGAGUGAGUGAAAUCAAUCUGUCGCGUUAAAUCUUGUUUGGAAAUGAAUGGGCUUUAAUGCUUUUCUUAUUCCCUCUGAUUCGUGUUGAUCGUGCAACAUGUUGCAACAUGUUCCACAUAAAGAAUUAAUACUCUGCGGUUUACAACUUUGCCACUUGUCUUUUUAAAAGAUCUCACAGUAGUGGUUCCAAAGCUUUCAUGCUCUUGAGCCCUUAAAUUGAAUUUUUUUUGUAAAUCUUUGUCAGAGGAUAGAGAGCAAUUGCUAAUUUGAUCUGAUUAGGCUGUUUUAUUGUCAGUUAAAAAAAUACAGGAUUUCAUGCUGAAUUAAGGUAAUUUUGUGUGGCAGGUUUUAAGCUUUUAUAUUCCCUACAUUGAUCAUAAUGCCAACCUUUUAGAGUCAUCUCCACUUGUACCGAUCCCUUCAUUCCUAAGGGCCUGAAGAAAAAGUCAUGAUGACAUUUACUGCAUUUCCCAAUUGUGGCAAUUUAUUUAAUAAAAAGAGGGAUCA